AUGUCCGGAUGUAAUCGUAAAAGAAGAUUAUCGAAAUUACCAACUCCUGUUAUUAUCCCACCACCGUCACCUUCUUCAAUAAUAUCAACUUCUUCUUCCUCUUCAACUUCAAAUACUUUAAUCAACAAUGUUGUAAAUGGUUGUUUGUCUUCUCCUAUAAGCCCCGCUAAAAGUGAUUCUUUUUUUGACCUGCCUGCUUCUCCUCGUAAUCCUCACAGUCCAACAAAAAGAUUUGUAUUAAAACCUAUAAACGCCAUCACUGCUGCGCUUCAACGAACAACAAUUACUGGUAAAAACAAAUCAAUAUUAAGAUUUCCAAAAUCUCCAAAAUCAUUUGAUAGCAAUUAUAAUAGUGAUGGCAAUAGUUGUAACAAACAAAAUUCAUUUUUCUACAAUAAACCUAUAGGAAAAUUUAGACAACCAAAAUCUUCAACAUGUAAAAAAGCUUUACCAAUUGUACCCGCUGAACUCGCCGAAAGAUUACGUGAAUCUUAUCCUUCUUUUAAUUCAAAUACUGAAAACGAAAAUGAAUUAGAAAAAGCGGCAGAAGAAAAUAAAAUGUAUUCAUUAUCAUCAUUAUCGACGACGAUUAAACCAUCACUUAAACCAAUACUUAUUGAUGUACGUAAUCUGGCAUUAUAUGAAAAUGAACAUAUAUGCGAAUCUUUUAAUGUUAAUCUACCAACUUUACUCAUUAAACGAUAUCGUCGCGGGAGUAUGAGUAAUUUCUCUCUGGAUUCAUUUAUCACAACACCUGAAGGACUAUUUGAUGAAACAAUGAAUGAAAAUGAUAAAGUUAGUCCGGGUUGGACAUUGUUAAGUGUUUUAGAACGUGUAAUGAUGUCGAACAACGAUAAUUUAUUAGAAACACCGGAUCCAUUAUCACCAAUGGAUGAUUCUAACAGAGCUACUUCUCCUAGCAUUUCCUCUUGUUCUUCUGAUAAUGAUAAAGAAGGUUAUCUUGAUUCAAUUAGUAAUUCUUCAUUGGAUGUUGAAAAUCAAGGAGCAAGUUUGGUUAGACGUGAUUCCUUAUUUUCUGUAAAUACUGAAAGAAACUCACUAAGAAGGAAAAAAAAUUUAACUCCUAGUAUACUGGUAACAAACCUUGACAGCAGUAACAGGAACGAUGAUUUAGAUUUAGAUUCACCGUGUACGCCACCACCAAUAACACAUCCUGAGGUAGCAUUUGAUGUGUCAACUAUAGUUCCAGAUUUUUUGUUUCUUGGACCUGAAAUAACUAAAGAAGAGGAGGUUGAAGAGUUGGAGAGUAAAGGAAUUAGGCGAAUUUUAAAUAUGGCAUUUGAAUGUGAAGAUAAUCUUGGACUGAAUCAAAAGUUUGAAAAAUAUUUAAAAGUUAGCGUUAAAGAUUUGGUCGAAGAAGAUGUAGAAAAUGGUUUAAAAUUGGCUGUUGAUUUUAUAGACCAAGCAUAUAAUGAUAAUACACCGAUAUACGUACAUUGUAAAGCAGGGAAAUCAAGAUCAGUAACUGCAGUAUUGGCUUAUUUAAUCAAGUCACGCCAUUGGACACUUCGACAUGCGUAUGAUUAUGUGAUGGAAAGAAGAAGUGGUAUCUGUCCGAAUAUAGGAUUCGUGGCAGAAUUAAUGAGAGUUGAGGAAGGUGUUCUUGGUCAUAAAAGAGUUAAUGGUGCUAUGACACACGUGGGAUUCAGGAGGAAAGAUAAUAUGUUGGAUAUGGAGAGUAUCAAUUCUCUUGGACGUUCACUUAAAAUACUUGAUAGUAUUAAUGAAAAUAGUAACAAUAGUAGUUAG